GCUACUCCCUUUACUUUGGGGUCAGGCCCUCUUGGAAGAUGGCGGCGGUGCAGGGAGCCGAGGUGAACGUGGAUGGUGGUGAACCGAAACUGAGCAAGAAGUGGUGGUAAUCAUUAGUUCCAGGGUGUUCUGCCAUGUUGACGCAAGCUGCUUUAAGGCUUGUUAGGGGGUCCCUGCGCCAAACCCCCUGGGCAGAGUGGGGUCAGAGGGAACUUCGACUGGGUCAACUUGCUGCUUUCACAGCGCUUCACAAGGACACGCCACUUUCUGAUAAAAGAAGUGAGCUAAAGCGACGCCUGAAAGCUGAGAAGAAGGUGGCAGAGAAAGAGGCCAAGCAGAAGGAGCUCAGUGAGAAACAGCUAAGCCAGGCCACUGCUACUGCCACCAACCACACUGACAAUGGUGUGGGUGUCGAGGAGGAGAGCCUGGACCCAAAUGUGAGUCCCCUGGGCCACUGGCAUGGUAUUUUUGCUCUUCUUUUUCUAGGUAGGAUCCAUGCCAAAAGAGCUUCUGGGGGAAAGCUCAUCUUCUAUGACCUUCGAGGAGAAGGCCUCAAGUUGCAAGUCAUGGCCAAUUCCAGAAAUUAUAAAUCCGAAGAAGAAUUUACUCAUAUCAAUAACAAACUUCGUCGGGGAGACAUAAUUGGAGUUCAGGGGAAUCCUGGGAAAACCAAGAAGGGUGAGCUGAGCAUCAUUCCCUACGAGAUCACACUGCUGUCUCCUUGCUUGCAUAUGUUACCUCAUCUUCACUUUGGCCUCAAAGAUAAGGAAACCAGGUAUCGUCAGAGAUACUUGGACUUGAUCCUGAAUGACUUUGUGAGGCAGAAAUUUAUCAUCCGCUCUAAGAUCAUCACAUAUAUAAGAAGUUUCUUGGAUGAGCUGGGAUUCCUAGAGAUUGAAACUCCCAUGAUGAACAUCAUCCCAGGGGGAGCUAUGGCCAAGCCUUUCAUCACUUAUCACAAUGAGCUGGACAUGAACUUAUAUAUGAGAAUUGCUCCAGAACUCUACCAUAAGAUGCUAGUGGUUGGUGGCCUUGACCGGGUUUAUGAAAUUGGACGCCAGUUCCGGAAUGAAGGAAUUGAUUUGACUCACAAUCCCGAGUUCACUACCUGUGAGUUCUACAUGGCCUAUGCAGACUAUCACGAUCUCAUGGAAAUCACGGAGAAGUUGGUUUCAGGGAUGGUGAAGCAUAUUACAGGUAGUUACAAGGUCACCUACCACCCAGAUGGGCCGGAGCGUCAAGCCUACGUUAUCGACUUCACCCCACCCUUCCGGAGAAUUAGCAUGGUAGAAGAGCUUGAGAAAGUCAUGGGGGUGAAGCUGCCAGAAACUGACCUUUUUGAAACUGAAGAAACUCGCAGAAUUCUUGAUGAUAUCUGUGUGGCAAAAGCUGUUGAAUGCCCUCCCCCCCGAACCACAGCUAGGCUCCUUGAUAAGCUUGUUGGCGAGUUCCUGGAAGUGACUUGCAUCAAUCCUACAUUCAUCUGUGAUCACCCGCAGAUAAUGAGCCCUCUGGCUAAACAUCACCGCUCUAAAAAGGGUCUGACUGAGCGCUUUGAGCUAUUUGUCAUGAAGAAAGAAAUAUGCAAUGCCUACACUGAGCUGAAUGAUCCUGUGCGGCAGCGGCAGCUUUUUGAAGAACAGGCCAAGGCCAAGGCUGCUGGUGAUGAUGAAGCCAUGUUCAUAGAUGAAAACUUCUGUACCGCCCUGGAGUAUGGGCUGCCCCCCACAGCUGGCUGGGGCAUGGGCAUCGACCGUGUCACCAUGUUUCUCACAGACUCCAAUAACAUCAAGGAAGUACUUUUGUUUCCUGCCAUGAAACCUGAAGACAAGAAGGAGAAUACAGCAACCACUGAUACACCAGAAAGCACAACAGUUGGCACUUCUGUCUAGAAAAUAAUCAUAGCAAGUCAUAUGAACAGUCAUCUUUGCAUUUCUGCAAAAAGACGAAGGUCGGCAAGGGAAUUCUUGUAUUGGCUAUCCAUUUGACUACCACUGUUCAGCCACCUGAAGAGAAAAGAGGAAUUAAGAAUUUCUUUUCACUCCUUGUUACCUAAUAAA